GUGCUAAGUUUAUAUAUAGUUCAGAUCUGGUACUUUUACUUACAGCCACCAAAUGGACCUUGUGAGACUAUUUUGUCAGCUUGCUGUUUUCUGCCGUUGUUAGUUAUGUUAGAAUAAUAGGGGCUAGUUUGUGUCUCUUGUGUUUCAUCCUGACAGUGAAUUGGUCGAGCCCUCACAAGUGUAAAAAGUAUUUGAAGAUCCUUAUUAAACGCUUUGUGCGCAAAUGCCAAAGUGCAACCCGCGCGCUUCUUUGAUAUUCAAUAAACGGACAUACUGUAAGAUGAAUGUGAUAGAUCGCCUCCUUCCUGGACCCACACCAGAGGGGGUGUGUGUGUGUGUGUGUGUGUGUGUGUGUGUGUGUGUGUGUGUGUGUGUGUGUGUGUGUGUGUGUGUGUGUGUGAAAUGUGGGGGGGAAGAAGGCGUUAUCUUCCGCGUUAGUACCUGCUGCAGGCUGUGUCAGUGUGUGUGUGACUGCGAGGUGAUCUAAAAACACUAGAGAUGAUUUCGACACAUGUUGAAAUGUAGUAAUAUAACGGAGAGAAAAAGAGGAAAUUAGUCUUUCCGUGGUCGCUUCUUCUGCUUUAUCGAGUUUAGUUGCGCAGGACCGCCAGAGGAGUAAGAGAUCAGAGGUCAGUAAAGGCUCCUGACUCCUCUUGCAGUCGAGAUGAGGGACCGACUGGGUGAGCUGCAGACCUUCACCACCAAGCUUGCAGGAGAGGAGGACAGGCCUGAGGAUGACCAGGAGGGCCAGGACCACACCACUGAGGAUGAGGAACUGGAACACACCAUCGUGUUUGAGGGAGAGGGUGUGAUGGACAGCAUCUACAAAGAGGCCCAGGCGUUGAGGAAGGAGAUGCUGCUUCUCAAAAUGGACGUGAAGCGUCUUGGGAAGCAGAACACCAGGUUCCUCACGUCUGUCCGGAGGAUCAGCAGCAUCAAACGGGACUCCAACGCACUCGGACGGGACAUCAAGGCCAGAGGGGAGGCCAUUUACGCUCGGCUGGAGAAGCUGGGGAGGCUGAGCAAAAAGCUGGAGGAGGAGCACGGGCCUACAUCAGCUUUGGCUCGCAUGGUGCGUUCACAGUGUAUUUCUCUAAACAACGCCUUCCACAAUGCCAUAUCUGAGUACAACGAGGCUGAGAUAGUCCAGAGGGAGAACUGCAAGACCCGCAUCCAGAGGCAAGCGGAGAUCAUGGGCAAGGAGGUGAGCAGGGAGCAGAUUGAUGAGAUGAUCGAGACGGGCAAGUGGAACGUCUUCUCGGAUAAUCUCCUCCUGGAGGGAAAGACUGCCAGAUCUGCUCUCAAUGAGAUUGAGAACCGGCACAAGGAGCUGCUGGAGCUGGAGGGCCGCAUUAGGGACAUUCAUGAGCUUUUCUUCCAGAUGGCCCAGCUGGUGGAGGAGCAGGGCUGCAUGCUGGACAACAUAGAAGCAAAUGUAGGUGCGACUCAGGACUAUGUUGUCAAGGCCACAGUUCAGAUCAAGAAGGCUGUGAAAUACAAGAAAAACAAUCCAUGCAAGAAACUAUUUUGUUGUUGCUUCCCUUGCUGCAAUUAAGACAGCAUCAGUGUUAUUUUUUCCCCUCCAUGUCAUGAGAAAUCAUGAUUAGAUUAAAGUCAGCUUUUCACACCACACGCUCGGCCAUAUGCAAAUGUAUACAGUGAGAUAUGGGUGUUGCAUUUCCUGAUCGUUACUGAGAAAAGCAUUUGCAUAAUAACUUUUAAGACAUCUUUAAUUCAAUGCAUACUUCUCAGCUUGGUCUUUUAACAUUCAGCUUUAAACUUCGUAAUGUUAUAAUUAAGAUA